AUGAACCAGCGGCUCCCACCCGGCCCGGCCCAGCCGGAGCCCGUCCUGUCGCAGAGCUGUUGCCCGUGUCCGACUCGGUUCAGCUCCACACUGGGUGCAAAUGUUGUGUUCUUUGCCUUUUACUCACAGUCUGGAGCAUCCAACUUUGGUGAGAAGUUCUCCAGGGUCAAGUUCUCCCCAUCGCUGACGCUGUUUGGUGGGAAGCCCAUGGAGGGCUGGAUCGCGGUGACCAUCAGCGGGCUGGUGACCGUGUCCCUCCUCAAGCCCAACGGGCAAGUGCUGACAUCCACAGAGAGCCUGUGCCGGCUCCGUUGCCGCGUGGCCUUGGCAGACGUGGCCUUCACCGGCGGGGGGAACAUCGUGGUGGCCACCUCGGAUGGCAGCAGCACCUCCCCGGUGCAGUUCUACAAGGUCUGUGUGAGCGUGGUGAAUGAGAAGUGCAAAAUAGACACCGAGAUCCUGCCUUCCCUCUUCAUGCGCUGCACCACGGACCCUGCCCGCAAGGACAAGUACCCGGCCAUCACUCACCUCAAGUUCCUUGCUCGGGACAUGUCGGAGCAGGUGUUGCUUUGUGCUUCCAACCAGAACAGCAGCAUCGUGGAGUGCUGGUCUCUGCGGAAGGAGGGCUUGCCAGUCAACAACAUCUUCCAGCAAAUCUCUCCUGUGGUUGGAGACAAGCAGCCCAUGAUCCUCAAGUGGCGGAUCCUCUCUGCCACCAAUGACUUGGACCGCGUCUCGGCCGUGGCUCUGCCGAAGCUGCCAAUCUCCCUGACCAACACCGACCUGAAGGUGGCCAAUGACACCAAAUUCUUCCCUGGAUUGGGCUUGGCUUUGGCUUUUCACGAUGGCAGCGUGCACAUUGUGCACCGCCUGUCCUUGCAGAUGAUGGCUGUCUUCUACGGGUCCUCCUCCCAGCGCCCCGUGGACGAGCAGGCGAUCAAGAGGCAGCGAACUGCUGGACCCCUGGUUCACUUCAAAGCCAUGCAGCUCUCCUGGACAUCCCUGGCCUUGGCUGGCAUUGACAGUCAUGGGAAGCUGAGCAUGCUUCGCAUCUCCCCCUCCAUGGGCCACGUGCUGGACAUGAACAUGUCCCUCCGUCACUUGCUGUUCCUGCUGGAGUAUUGCAUGGUGACUGGCUACGACUGGUGGGACAUCCUGCUCCACGUCCAGCCCAACAUGGUCCAGAACCUGGUGGAGAAGCUGCAUGAAGAGUACAUGCGCCAGAACGCGGCCCUGCAGCAGGUCCUCUCCACGCGCAUUGUGGCCAUGAAGGCCUCUCUCUGCAAGCUCUCCUCCAGCACCAUCGCCCGGGUGUGUGACUACCACGCCAAGCUCUUCCUCAUCGCCAUCAGCUGCACCUUGAAGUCGCUGCUGCGCCCGCACGUCCUCAACACCCCGGACAAGAGCCCCGGGGACCGGCUCACCGAAAUCUGCUCCAAGAUCACAGAUAUAGACAUUGACAAGGUGAUGAUUAACCUGAAGACAGAGGAGUUUGUCCUGGAGAUGAACACGCUGCAGUCCCUGCAGCAGCUCAUCCAGUGGGUGGGAGAUUUUGUGCUCUACCUGCUGGCCAGCCUUCCUAACCAGGGCUCUCCUGUGCGGCCAGGGCACAGCUUCCUGCGGGAUGGAGCAUCCCUGGGCAUGUUCAGGGAGCUGAUGGUGGUGAUCCGCAUCUGGGGACUGCUGAAGCCGAGCUGCCUCCCCGUCUACACAGCGACCUCCGACACCCAGGACAGCAUGUCCCUCCUCUUCAGGCUCCUAACGAAGCUCUGGCUGUGCUGUCGUGAGGAAAACCACAUCACGGAGCCCGACGAUACCCUGAUAGACGAAUGCUGCCUGCUGCCCAGCCAGCUCCUCAUCCCCAACAUCGACUGGCUGCCCAUCAACGACGGCAUCAUCAGCAAGCUGCAGAACAAGCAGCUCGUCCGGCUGCAGUUUGGGAAAGCUCCCGGCCUCGUUGGUCACACUGUCUCGUCCCAGUUUGAUGCCUUUGUCAGGGCCCCCGGACAGCCUAAAAUCGACCAUCUGCGGCGGCUGCACUUGGGAGCGUACCCAACAGAGGAGUGCAAGUCCUGCACCCGGUGUGGCUGUGUCACGAUGCUGAAGUCACCCAACAAAGUGACCGCGGUGAAGCAGUGGGAGCAGCGCUGGAUCAAGAACUGCUUGUGUGGGGGGCUGUGGAGGAGGAUGCCCAUCAGCUACUCCUGACAUGUGGGGCCCAGGGGGACACAGCACCGAGCAGAGGAGCUGCUCUGCGCCUCCUUCCUCGGCCGUGUUUGGGACAAGGGAUGCUCGGAGAGCAUCAUCCUGGUGCUGCCCGUGAGCCGGUACCGAGCAGUGGAGCACCGUGCUGCUGCUGCUUCUGCUCACAUUGAUCUCUCUGCUGUACAAAAGAGGGGAGGGAGCCCGUCUUCCCUCUUCUUUCCCGAGGAAGAGCUAGAAGGGAAUGAAUGUGUGGUGUCUGGGCCCAGCAGGUCCCGGUGCAAGCCCUGGCCUGCGCAGAGCACGGUACUGGAGGUGCCCAGCGUCCCCAAGGAAAGGGGAGCAAACGUUGAGACCUCCUCUUCCUCCUGCGCUGCUCGGGAAGGGCAGCAUUGCUGGUUACUCCCCAUUUCCCUGCAUUUCUCCAUCCCUUCAUCCCAAAUAAGACUUGCCCCUGGGGGAGACUCCACUACCUGUGUUGUAACGGAGCCGUCCCUCCCUCGCAGGAAGCACCAGGGUGCUGCUGCCUGGAGCAAACCCCUGCUUGGCUCUUGCCAAACCAGCAGCUCUUUUAUAAAUAAAAGGUCCCUUAAUUUUGUA